AAUCUGACGUAUGCGGUACGUGGAUGUAGUUAUUUGUUACAGAGUCUGAGCCCGCAUUGAAGACGACGUCGCCUUGUGGAAAGCCGAAAUACAGGCUGUCCUUGGUCUUGUUUCCUGUUUGCCACAGAGUCUGACAAUCACAUCAUAACUGUCCUAAACUGCCGAAGCACUGUUCGUUAAAGUCUGUGUAGAGAGAAAACUACUCUGGACCAAAAUUAAAACGUUAAUUGAAAUCAUAAUAACAUUGUUAUAUUGAUUGGUAAGAACAAUGAUGAAUUCUUCCUCGCUUGCCACCCAACCACAGCACUUGAAUUCCUCCGUCAUGAAUGCAAGUGUAAAGCAAGAGAACACUGCUGGAGAUGCCGAGUCAAUGUUCUACCGCGAUGCAUCCAUCAGGCGCGUUGAUGCCGACACAGAAGGUGUGAAGGUAGAAGAAAGGUUAGAAAUUGACGUGGAUGACAAAGGAACAGUACAUAUAAAGAAGGAGCAGGAGGUGGAGAAGAAAGGAGGAGGGGAGGAUGGAAUCGGCAAUGAACCGAGUGUAGACAUUUACAUCAAUAACGUUGUGUGUGCUUUUAGUGUGAGAUGCCAUCUCAAUCUUAGGAGGAUAGGACAGUCUGGCGCCAAUGUGGAGUACCGGAGAGAAUACGGGAAAGUGAACAUGAGGUUUCGCAAUCCCCCAGCCACUGCUACCAUCUGGUCAUCAGGUAAAAUCACCAUCACAGGCAAUGAUAGCGAAGAGCAUGCAAAGAAGACUGCAAGAAAGUGUGCCAGGGCACUGCAGAAAAUGGGUUUCAAUGUACGGUUUUCAAGGUAUAAGGUUGUGAAUGUAUUAGGGACCUGCUCACUGCCGUUUGCUAUACGUAUCAGGGACUUCUCCCAAAGGCAUCCAAGUAGUGCAAGCUAUGAGCCUGAGUUACAUCCAGCUGUCACCUACAAGAUGUACAAUCCCAGGGCAACGCUGAAGAUCUUCUCAACAGGAAGCAUCACAGUCACAGCACCAGCAGUAGACAACAUCAGCAAAGCAAUAGAACACAUAUACCCUUUGGUUGAGGUUCAUAAGACGCCCCUCAGUGAGGCAACUAUACAGAAGAGACUCGCCAGAAAACGCAAACGAGAAGGAUAUGUCGAGGAUGACGAAGAGAACACUGAUGACGAGUAUGCCGACGAGGACGCAUUAGACGACGAGGAGGACAGCGACGAGUAUUCAUCGGACGAUAGUAGCUGAGAGAGUGUGAGUGGAUGAUCGGGGGCUGCUGUCCACGUGGAGGUUGAAGAAAGAGGUUUUAUGUUCUCGUUGCUGCUUUCAAAACUGCAUCAGGUUUUCAGUGCAAGAGCCUGAAGGCCAGCGUAUGAUUUGGCAGUGUGGAGAAAAUGUUGUGGUCCUAUGUCGAACAUAGUUCAUGUAUGCUUUGAAUUAUCAGGGAGACCUUUCAUCAGCUUUUUGUCAUCUGACAACGUUUCUGGGUUGAGAUUGGCCAAGAAGUAUAUGUGUCUAAUUGCUUCUAUUUUAAAUGUCGAUUAGUGAAAGCUUCCAUGAAAUAGUGUCCUGACUGCAUGGCUGGCAUCUUUAUCCAGAAGAUGCAGGGAUUCAGUUUUUUUAAUUAAGAGGGGAGCCAAUAAAACAGUUCUCCUAAAUGUUUUAAGGGGAGUGGUAGGGGAUCACUGACUGACACUCUUGUUUUACAUUCAGAUUAAGUAAUAUCAGAAUAGAGAUUAUACAGGGAAUUAAAAAUGUUGUACAAACUAAAUGUGAAUUAUGUUGCCUGAUUUGUAGGUUUUCUGCUUUUAUCAUAUCGUAUGUCACAAAAAAAUGUAUUUCGCUAAGGUGAGUGAUAAAUCGCUCUACCUGAAAUGGAUUAAGGCGAGAAGUAGCAAGCGAUCGCUCUCACUCCCCUUAAAACUGAGUCCCUGAAGAUGAGGGAUCCUUAUUACUCGUCUUGACGUUCAUUUCUUCACCAAGUCAUGGGUCCAAAUUCACAUUGAAUUAUGCAAAUUUCUUGUGUGGAUUACACAUAAUUCAGCAAUCAUAUUUAUAGUGUCCAAUGAUUGUAUGCAUGGUUCUAUCAUAGGGUGGUAUAGUUCAUGCCUUUUACCAUGGUUUUAGUCCACUGUUAAUGUAAAUUAAUUUAGAUAAGCAGUGGACUGAUGAUCUAAACAUCAGUGGAUUUAUUAAGGCCAGAACCUUUAUAGCAACAAACAUAAAUUAAGCUGAAAGUUCACACCUUGGACCUUCUAUUGACAUGCAUAAUUGAGCGUAAUUUAUCCAUGACUUCGAAGCACGCAUUUAAAACCACCUGUGUGAAUUUGGGCCUUAGAGUUUUUAAUAUAUGCUAGCGAACCAAAUCACUUCAUCUGCCACUUAAGACAAAAUAUAUUUUCAAGGCAGGGUUUGAUUUUUAAAGUUCUAAUUUAGAAACAAAAAUCUUGUCGAUAUGUGUUUUGCAGAAUCAGCAUAAACAUAAUUAGGCAUUGUGUAAUAAUUUUGAGUCAUAAGCUUUGGUAAAAAGUGGGUCCAGGAACAAAUUAAAUUUGAAUUCCUAUUUAAAUGCUGUACGUAUUAAAAUUUCAUAAUUUGGAGUCGUCUGCCAGAGACAUGAAAUAAUUUGGGAUCUGUUCAGUUUUGAUGUUUUACAGAGCAACUGGAAAAUUGUGAUGCUGAUAGCGAAGACAGAAGGCUAAGUUUCCAGAUAAUUGUUUAUAUAUGUGUUUGUAAAUGGAUAAAUUGAUAUGAAAGAGCUUUAUGUGUGUUAAGUAUAUGUACCAAGUGCCUUUAUUUAUUAUAUCCUUUACAUGGCGAGAGUUGCAAAUUGAUUUGUAAUGGACUUUUUGAUUCUUGCAUCUACAUGUAUAUAGUGGACUGAUAAAGACAUGGCUUUGUUUGAAACGAUUUCAUUCGGACUCUUUUUCUGUCUGAAUAAAACAUCCUUUUAUUGGUGGUUUGGGAU